AUGGCAUCCAACGGAACCCCCUCCGAAUUCCCCUACACCCUAACAAUCUCUCUCCCUCUCCCUACCAACCGCCUGGCGUCCGCCGCCCUGCGCACCCUCGAGGUUGACACCGAGCUCUCCCCCUUCGUGAAGCGCAGUUUCGCCCUGACAACGCCGACCAAGGAGCAAACCGCCGACGAAGAAGCCAAAACUGUGCUGGAGACGACCUACUGCGCGACGACGAAUCGCAUGCUGCGUGUCUCUGUGAAUGGCUUUAUGGAAAACCUGGCAGUGGUGCUUGGAGUGAUGGAAGAAUUGGACGUGGAUGUUCUAGAUGCGGAUGAUGAGAAAUGA